UAUACGCAGGCUUGGCUAUCGAAAACAUGUUGAUUUAUAUUCGGAAUUCGGUUGAUUUAUAUUUUCAUAAAUGUUUAUGCUCUUUUUCCAUGUUAAAAAGACUUGCAUCGAUGCAUUAUGGGGGAUUUAAUUACCACGAAUUUCUCGGAUGUCUUUCAAGAAAUAUGAUUUCAGAUACUGUGUUCAUCUACCUGUUGGUGUUGUCUAGUGGUGUGUUUGGUGUUGAGACACAUGGAGUAAAGACAGUUAAAGUGAUGGAGGGAGAUUCUGUCACUUUAAACACCGAUGUUAAAGUACAAACAGAAGAUCAGAUUCUGUGGACAUUUGGAAGUAUUCCAAUAGCAGAAAUUAUUAAAAGGGACCAAUUUGUAUUUGUCAAUAAUGAUGGGAUAUUCAAAGAGAAACUACAUAUGGACAAUAAAACUGGAUCUCUGACCAUCAGCAACAUCAGAUCUGAACAUCGUGGACUUUACCAGCUCCAGAUCAGUAGUUCAAAAGUCUUACAGAAGAGAUUCAAUGUUACUUUGUAUGCUCCUCUUCCCAUUCCUGAUGUCAUCAGAGACUAUUCACAUUGUUCUACAUCCUCACCUGGAUGUUCAUCAGUCCCAAAAUGUCUCCUGCUGUGUUCAGUAGUGAAUGUGAGAAAUGUGACUCUCUCCUGGUACAAAGGAAACAGUUUAUUGUCCAGCAUCAGUGUGUCUGAUCUCAGCAUUAGUCUCUCUCUACCUCUGGAGAUCAACUGUCUGGAUGAUUCAUACAGCUGUGUUGUGACUUAUUCACUUACCAACCGGACUAAACACCUCAGCAUCACUGAACUCUGUCUGUCUUGUUCAGAACUCCGUCAACAUACACUUGUAAUACUGGUGAUAACAUCUGGAUUUCUGCUGUUAGCUCUCAUAGUUGUAGUUGUGCUGAUGGUCUUUCGCCGUUUAAAGUGCAAUCGAGGAAAAGAAAAGGCCCAGACUGAGGAAAAGAUGGAUAAUGCUGAAUAAAAUUGUGUACACAUGGAGCUCAGUACAAGACUUUAUUACCACUGUGCUGAUACGACUUCCAGAUGGGUGUCUCUGUUCCUACAAAAGAAUGAAGAAGAAGACCAGAUCAAACUAAGGGUAUAGCUGUUGCACAAAGUAUUCCGACAGCAUUACCAGUUGACAUUUCUUUGCUUAAGGCCUCUUUAGCGUGUGUGCCGGUCAGACACACAAUUUGUUCAUUAGAUUUACCAAAUCAAUUAUUAAUUAGAUUAACAAAUAAUCACAGACCCCCAUAGGCGUAGGAAGUGGGGGUGCUGCAGCUGCUACACUGUUUUUUGUUUUUUUGUUUUUUUUGAGGGCAAGAUGUCAAAUCAAGGUGUGUAACCAUUCAGAUUUGUUGUUGCCGAUUAUAAGGUGUGAGGGGCGUAAAACAGUUUUAUACUUCUUAGUUGUUUAACCUUUUCACACGUGAGUUUAAAAUAUUCUAGCUGAGCCCCCAGAGUGAGUUUUUUUUAGGCGACCGUUAUUUAGAACGUAUCGCUUUAUUGUUUCCGUGGCAAUGUGUCAUGCUUGUCACGUGACACAACGCAGCCACAAUAGUGCUGUUUGACACUUGGAUCACUUUUAUAUUGUUUGUAAAUUAAAGCUCACAUCGGUGCCCAACGUUUUGCUCUGGUUUCCGUGUUGAACGAAAUGUUUCCUGGAAAUGGUGUGCAACGGUGUGCAAUGGGGUUUGAGAUACGUUUUCUCUUGUUUGGUGGGUGUGUCAAAAAUGUCAGCCCAAUCAGCAGCAACAUGUAUAUAAAAUAAUAAUAUAAAUGUAAGUAGGGGUAGCCCCUUUAAGUACAUUGUGUAGUGCGUGGUAAUUAUGUUAUGUACCAUAUAGUAGCAGGUGCGAUCUCAGUCUGCGUUUCCACUGGCACGUAGCGAGCGGAGCGGGCGUUUUCAAUUCAUUGCUAUGGAAGCUGAGUUAAUACACCAUUCUGUUGCCACAAAACAUGUCAAUAUAUUUUUACAGCUCCUCACCUUUGAGGUCUGUCAAGAAUGGGUCGAUGAUCGAGCUGAGUCAGUUUAUUUUGAUUUUAGGCCAUUGUUCAUUUUCUAUGUUCGUUUAUCAAAAAUGCACUUCACACAAAAGUGCCACUUCAAAUUUCAAUCACUGUAAACGUAUGCCUUAUUAUUUAAAAAUAAUAAUAAUGGCAUUACAUAAAAGUAUUAUUAUAAAAACUUGUUCUAAAAAAACUGACUCGAAGCACAUGCAGAUCGCUUAGACAACACACAGAAAUGCAAUGUUUCAAAAUACCUGUCUUGGCGUUAGUGAUGUGCGGAUGGCGGUUAUAUCUGCGGGCGCAUUACGCGCGGGUCGGGUGGGUCGAGUAAUAAAAAAGUGCAUUCUGAUUAUUUGCGGAUGGGUUGCGGGUGGAUGAGAUAAAUCAAUAGUGAGGCAAAUAUUAACUACAUUUUCUAAAAUAUGAACCUGUUUUAAAUACUUAAACACGUAUUGUAUACGUGUGUGUGUGUGUGUGUGUGUGUGUGUGUUCACAUGUUCGAAAAGUUGUGACAGAAAAGGUGACAUUCAGAUAAAGUCUGAAGGGAGUUACGCCUGUUUUAAUGCUAUUGAGUAGGGUAAUAUGCAGUGGUGUUCAGUACCUGUAUACCCAUUUCUUUGGGUGCACUGGAGUUCGUUUUCCCUCUUGGUGCCGUUCGUUUGGGCAGGUGUGAGUGUAGCAAUCGCACUCGAGUGCGCACCGAAAGCGGACCAAAAAAGCGUACCGAGACCUCCUUGAAGAGGAGGUCCUCUAAACCAAGAGAAACAUGUUAGCGACAUGCUAAUCAUGUUUAAAACAUGCAAGCAACUUUUCUAAUCAUGCUAGAAACAUGCUAGCAACUUGCUAAUCAGGCUAGAAACAUGCUAGCAACUUGCUAAUCAGGCUAGAAACAUGUUAGCGACAUGCUAAUCAUGUUAGAAACAUGUUAACAACAAGCUAGUAACAUGUUAGCCAUGUUAGAAACAUGCUAGUAACAUGCUAAUCAUGUGAAAAACAUGCUAUCAACAUGCUAAUCAGGCUAAUCAUGCUAACAACAUUCUAGUAACUUGCAAAUUAUGAUAACAACAUGGUAAUCAUGCUAACAAUGUAAUCAGCCUAUAAAAACACAAGCAAUAAGCUAAUCAUGCUAAAACAUGUUAACAACAUGUUAAAUCAUGCUAGCUGCUUUCAUACUAUUACAACUGCUUCAAACUUUCAGGCUAGGCUUUCUCAAGCCAACUUAAAGUAAAUUAUAACAAAAACAAUACAUUAAAAAUGAAAAGAAUUAGAUUUACGAUCAAAAAUUCCGAUCAAAAAUUUCUUAAACUGGGUGAACCCCUUUAAACUUUUGUCCAAGGAUCCAGUAGGGUGUUCAAACACCCAACCGAUUUCAUCAGAGAUUGCGGAGAGUCACGUGCAGAUGUCAGUUAACGUUAUUCUUUUUAGCAUUAAACUUAAGUAUGCAGCGAUGUGCAGAUCAGCUGAAUCAAUCUGCUGUUAAAAAUUAACCAUUCAUUCAUCAUAUCAUCAUGCAGAGCUAAUUAGAAUAAUUGUAAAUGACGAUCUGUUGCGGUUAUCUAAAUCAGAGAAAAAUACAGGUGCGGGUGGGUGGCGGGCGGAUAAUUCGUUUGAAGCUGCGGAUUCGGGUGAUGUUUGAGCUAAUCGGGUUGAGUCCGAGUCAAGACCGAGUCUUUAACCAGUCGAGUCCGAGACGAGUCCGAGUCCAAAAUGGGCUGAGUUAGACUCAAGUCCGAGUCCCAAAGGGCCGAGUCCGAGUCAAGUCUGAGUCCAAGGAAACACUAUAGAAUCUUAACAUUGUUUUAACCCAGGGGUGCCCAAACUCAGUCCUGGAGAGUUUAGCUCCAGCCCCAAUUAGACUCACCUGAACCAGCUAAUCAAGCUCUUGCUAGGCAUAUAGAGACGUCCUGGCAGGUGUGUUGAGGCAAGUUGGAGCUAAACCAAGGACCAGGACUGUGUUUGGGCACCCCUGUUUUUAACCUUUACAACUAGAAAAACGCAAUGUCAGUUGAAAUGUAAGAAAAGCAAACCUCUAGUGGAUCAUCCCAUUUUGAUUUUUGAUUUCACAACAUCUCAUAAUUAGUGUCCAUGCUCUGCUUAACAAACUUAAAGUCAUGUGACAGAAGUUAUGGCUAAUCUAUGUAUUGUGACAUAUUUCAGAGUGAAACAGGUUUUAGAAUGUGAAAAAUUAAAGGGUGAGACUUGACUUAUAUUCAUUGAUGUAGUAAAUGUAUGAAUUCAAGGGAGGGGGUAAAGGAGAAGGUAUCUUGGGACCUUAAGAGCAGAAAAUGCGCCUCUUUUAUUUUUGAUUGUGGCUGUGUGUAUUUUGGGUUGUAUAUGACUUCAAACACUUAUUUUUGUAACAAGAAUUAUUUCAAUUUUACGUAAUUCUGCUUGACCAACUCUGUUUUAGAUAUUGAGAUAUCUAUUUUACAUUAUUCAGUUAUUGUUUAGGAGUUGUUCUCAACUAUUAUCACCAGUUUUUGAACCGGACGCUCAAGGAAAGAUGUUUGCGCCAAGCGUUCACCUUUCUUUCCUAAAUUACUUUGACCCAUUUGGAGCUUGACUUUUCGCACUAAACCAUCAUCAUCUUUACUUGUCUCGACGACUCUAGCAAGCUUCCAUUCGCUCCUGGGAAUAUUGUCCUCCUUGACAAUUACUACAUCUCCAACUUGAACAUUUCUUCUAGGCGUAUGCCAUUGUUGUCUGAGGCUUACAUUGGCUAGGUAUUCUUUGCGCCAUCUGCUCCAAAACUGUUCUGACAAGUAUUGCACUCUCCUCCAUCUUUUCCUAGCAUACAAAUCUUCAUGGACAAAUUUGCCAGGAGGAGGAAGAGGCACUGAGGUCUUCAUCGUGAGCAGAUGAUUGGGCGUCAAAGGCUCAAUACUCUUUGGGUCAUUUAUUGUGUUGGUGGUGAGUGGUCGACUAUUUACAAUUGACAUCGCCUCAUAGAAAAAUGUCCUUAAUG